CUGAAACUGGCAGAGCAGCAGAGGCAGAGUGGAGAGAGGAGCUGAAGGACUCUGGGUUCUGCCCUCUACCAAGACGACAAGCAUUGGGACAGGCUUUCACCCCAGCCUUCUUCCUGGAUGGCAGGGAGAUCCUGGGACCAUAGAAAUCCUGUUGCCCUUGGAGUCAGGUGUACGGAAAAGUAGAAGAUCCUCCUUCGCCAAGACCAGCCCUUGAAGGUGUAGGAAGUGCCAUUAUGAACCAUGGCCCAGCUUUACUACAAGAAGGUGAAUUACUCACCCUACCGGGACCGCAUCCCGCUGCAGAUUGUGCGGGCAGAGGCCGAGCUCUCCGCAGAGGAAAAAGCCUUCCUCACUGCCGUGGAAAAGGGUGACUAUGCCAGUGUGAAGCAGGUGCUGCACGAGGCGGAAAUCUACUACAAUGUCAACAUCAAUUGCAUGGACCCCCUGGGCCGGAGCGCCCUGCUCAUCGCCAUCGAAAAUGAGAAUCUCGAGAUCAUGGAGCUGCUACUGAACCACAGCGUCUAUGUGGGCGAUGCCUUACUCUAUGCCAUCCGGAAGGAGGUGGUCGGGGCAGUGGAGCUGCUGCUUAGCUACAGGAAGCCCAGCGGUGAGAAACAGGUCCCCACUCUGAUGAUGGACACCCAGUUCUCGGAGUUCACGCCAGACAUCACACCCAUCAUGCUGGCUGCCCACACCAACAACUACGAGAUCAUCAAAUUGCUUGUCCAGCGCCGGGUCACCAUCCCCAGGCCCCACCAGAUCCGCUGCAAUUGUGUGGAAUGUGUGUCCAGCUCGGAGGUGGACAGCCUGCGCCACUCCCGCUCCCGCCUCAACAUCUACAAGGCCCUGGCCAGCCCCUCUCUCAUUGCCCUGUCCAGUGAGGACCCCAUCCUGACUGCGUUUCGCCUCGGAUGGGAACUCAAGGAGCUCAGCAAAGUGGAGAACGAGUUCAAGGCUGAGUAUGAGGAGCUCUCCCAGCAGUGCAAACGCUUCGCCAAAGACCUUCUGGACCAGGCUCGAAGCUCCCGGGAGCUGGAGAUCAUCCUGAACCACCGGGAUGAUCACACUGAGGACCUUGACCCCCAGAAGUGCCAUGACCUGGCCAAGCUGAAAGUCGCAAUCAAGUACCACCAGAAAGAGUUUGUUGCUCAGCCAAACUGCCAGCAGCUGCUGGCCACACUGUGGUAUGAUGGCUUUCCAGGCUGGCGGCGGAGACAUUGGGGAGUCAAAAUGUUGACCUGCAUCACCAUUGGCCUCCUGUUCCCCAUGCUGUCUAUAGCCUACUUGGUUGCCCCCAGGAGCAACCUGGGGCUCUUCAUCAAGAAACCCUUCAUCAAGUUUAUCUGCCACACGGCCUCCUACCUGACGUUCCUCUUCAUGCUUCUCCUGGCAUCCCAGCACAUAGUCAGGACAGACCUGCACGUGCAGGGGCCACCGCCCACUGUGGUAGAGUGGAUGAUACUGCCUUGGGUUCUAGGUUUCAUUUGGGGAGAAAUUAAGGAGAUGUGGGACGGCGGCUUCAACGAGUACAUCCACGACUGGUGGAACCUGAUGGAUUUUGCCAUGAACUCGCUCUAUCUGGCGACAAUCUCACUGAAAAUCGUUGCCUAUGUCAAGUACAAUGGUUCUCGUCCCAGGGAAGAAUGGGAAAUGUGGCACCCGACCCUGAUUGCGGAAGCUCUCUUUGCAAUCUCCAACAUUUUAAGUUCCUUGCGGCUCAUAUCCCUGUUCACAGCCAACUCCCACCUGGGACCUUUGCAGAUCUCCUUGGGGCGCAUGUUGCUUGACAUCCUCAAAUUCCUCUUUAUCUAUUGCCUGGUCCUACUGGCUUUUGCCAAUGGAUUGAACCAGCUUUACUUUUAUUAUGAGACCAGAGCCUCCGACGAACCCGACAACUGCAAGGGGAUCCGCUGUGAGAAGCAAAACAACGCCUUCUCCACGCUUUUUGAGACCCUCCAGUCGCUUUUCUGGUCAGUGUUUGGACUUCUGAAUCUCUAUGUCACCAAUGUCAAAGCAAGACACGAGUUCACUGAAUUUGUGGGUGCGACUAUGUUCGGGACAUACAACGUCAUCUCCCUGGUGGUGCUUCUGAACAUGCUCAUCGCCAUGAUGAACAAUUCCUACCAGCUCAUUGCUGAUCAUGCAGACAUCGAGUGGAAAUUUGCCCGGACCAAGCUCUGGAUGAGUUACUUUGAUGAAGGGGCCACCUUACCACCUCCCUUCAACAUCAUCCCGAGCCCCAAGUCCUUCUGGUACCUCGGCCAUUGGUUCCACAGGCAUAUUUACCCCAAGCGGGAUUCGGCGGAUGGACGGAAGCAUGGGAACCUGAAAACGUUCACUGAACGCCAUGCUGAUAGCCUGAUUCAAAAUCAGAAUUACCAGGAAGUGAUCCGGAAUUUGGUCAAAAGAUACGUUGCAGCCAUGAUCAGAAGCUCCAAAACAAAUGAGGGGCUAACAGAAGAAAACUUUAAGGAAUUAAAGCAGGACAUCUCCAGCUUUCGUUAUGAGGUUCUUGACCUCUUGGGCAAUCGCAAACCUCAACGGAGGAGCUUUUCCACAAGUAGCACUGAAAUCUCCCAGAAGGAUGAUGCUAAUGAUGGUAGUGGUGGGGAAAAGGCCAAAUCCAAGAGUGUCUCUUUCAAUCUAACUGGCAAGAAAAAGGACUGCAACGUGUCAACCCUGAUCAAAACCAUGUCCAAGAUGAAUGUUGGUGGUGCAACUGCCGCCCCCACUACUCCUCAAGUUAAGCCGAAAACCAGUGGGUCAACUAAGCACUCCUUUAUGAGCAAUCCAAUACAGAAACUGUCAAGUUCCAAGAAAGAGUCUUUCAAGAGACUGGGUCUCUUGUUCUCCAAGAUGAAUGGGCAUCUGGCUGAGCCCAGUGCUGAGCCGAUGUACACUAUCUCAGAUGGAAUCAUUCAGCCUCACUACAUGUGGCAAGAUAUCAGAUAUUCCCAUAUGGAUCCAGAGAGGGGAGAGGCUAGUUGCUCAAAAAGUGAGAGCAACCUCGCAGAAGCGGACUUUGGUGGGGGUGCAUGUGCCCCCAGCCCAAGUGCAAGGGCUGCUGGACAGAGUGGUGAAUGCCCUCUUGCAGCCUCCAGUUCUCUCCACUGUGCUUCUAGCAUCUGCACAUCCAACUCCAAACUGAUUGACUCCACAGAGGAUGUGUUUGACUCAUGGGGGGAGGCUUGUGAUUUGCUUAUGAACCAAUGGAAGGAUGGACAGGAAGAGCAUGUUACAACUCGACUUUGAGCUAAGCCCACAACACCUGCCGUAGAAGUGGGCAGGCUGUUUGUCUUUCUUGGCUAGAGAAGGUGGGGUACGGAAGGAGGCUCUAGAUCAUAACUCCUUUGAAGCCCCAAGAAAUCCAAAUGAUACUCUCAUCCACCUGCUUUCAUGUCUACUCACUCAGAUUUCCUUAUAGUUUUGACGUUUGAUGAAUUUGUUUUGGUUUUGCCAUUUUCUAUCUAUAGAUGCUGGACUCAUCUUUGUUACUAACUAAGGAGCCCCAGAGCAUAGGGGUCAGGUCAUCUGUACUUUCAAACCCUUUGCUCUGUGUUCCUUGCCCUUAUGUUCUCUAGAUUUCCUUCUCUCCUCUUCUCACCUCAAAACCAAAAUCCCAUCGUGUACGAGCUCCUGAGUGAAGUCCCACUAGCCACUGGUUUAGGCUGUCUCACUUGGCUGCUGACCAGAGCCAGUCACUCACGGGAACGACUGCCAAGAAUGCAGGGUCAGCACCUUCCCUGGCAGAGUCCACCAAACACUCAUGAAGCUACUGUGGCUGACUCCCCUUUGUCCUCACUAAGAUGUGACUUUGCUGGAGUGUUCCAGUGAACCGAGCCUAGUAAUGUCUGAAGUGCUGGACGAGGAGCAUCGAUCAGGCACCGAGGUGGGCAGAGAAGGUCCUUGGGUACACUCUGAAUUUGCUGCCGUCAGAGCACCCAUACUACCAGACUCUGACACGAUUGCAGUUCCUCAAAUGGCGAGCAUGACGCUUUCCUGUGGGCAGUUUUCAGACUCAUUGCAAUCAAAAGCUUUUCCUAGAUGAAAACACAGGCUUGGGGAGAGGGGCAAAGAUUGUCACCAUCAUCCGAAAAUGAUCUUGUCAAGGUGUAAAAAUCUAAAAAAGUGUAUCUGGGUCAUUUAAUUGACUAUUUCCUGAAAACAAAAACGACAGAAUAAAAAAAAUCAGCAACACCAACACCAAGGAACGUGCUUUGGGAUCCCAGCCAGGGUGGCUGCAGCUCAACUAGUCCAGGCUACAGUAAGAACGUUUCUUAGGUGCAGCUAAGGCUCCGAUUGACUAAGUUGGACACAGAGAAUAGCCGUGAUGCAGUUCCUACUGCCGUGUGCUGUUUAGGGAAGAAAGCUGUGUAGAUCUCAUGCCGACAGCUGGCCACUGGAUGAGUGCCCAUGUCCAAAGCAGCCAUCAUUUCUGAGAUGAGGACCACUGGCUGCUGCUUGGCUGAGUUGCAAUAGCCUUGGCCUCAAAGAUUUCCUCUGUGUCUCCUCCUUGAUCUCUAACAUUUGUGAAGGCUCCAGAAACACCUGAGCUUUGGGACAGCUGCCAUCUAAAUGUCUGUAGAUAUUAGUAAGUCACGGGGAGAGGCCACAUCCCCUUCUCCCCCCUUAUUUUUUGCCUAUGGAGUUGAUACUAUUGGAUUUGCUUCUUAGUCCCUGUACCUCUCUCUUCACAUUAACGAUUAACAGUUGAGGAAGCUCCACACAGGACAAACAAAAGGUACAAAUUCAGAGGGAGACUCAGACGCAGGAACAAAAUGGACCAGAGAAUUAGGAACCUGAAGGAUGGGCUCUCAAACUUUGCAACAAAGCUUCUGGGGUGAGAGGCCCAUAUGCGCGUGCGUGUGUGUGUGUGUGUGUGUACAAUCACUAGGCCUACGGUUCUUCCAAGGGGUCCGACCACAGUGGUAGCUGCCCCCAAACACAACUAACAAAUGCUCUCAUGGAAGGUACGAGGAGCUCUACCAAUGGCCCUGGCUUCGCUAUUAAUGGCAAGGUUUCCAUUAGCCCAGAUACAGUGCUCCUAACAGGCAGAUUGACUCUGAGCAACAGAUUCGAGUUAUCUUUCCCAUUCUGAUCGAUGGUACAAAAUCCCAAUCUAUGGCCCCUGUAUCCAAGGCCGGGAACACAAGUUUGGAAGAGAAAAGCACAGCCUUCUUUCAGCUGCCUGUGGCUGAUAAACCAGGGACACCUAGAUCUUGCUCUCCAUUCUUUUCCAAGGGGGCUGUGUGGAUGGAUCAGUAACUGAGGAAAGCCCCAAGUCUAUGUCCUCCUGACAACUGGAGAGUCAAGUGUUUUCUCUUCAACCCUAAGGCCGUAUAUGUGGGCAAACUCAAAGUUCUCACCAAUUAGGUUAGGGUUGACAGAAGAUAGGAGAUGGCAAGUGCUUCAAUUUCACUGCCCCUACUGGCAUUGCCACCAUCCCCAGGGAUGAAGGUUGGAGAUCCGCUAAGGGUCAGUUUCUUCCCAGAACCACAUUCUAAACCAAAGCCAGCAAUACCCACCCUGCUCCCAGGGCAGGUGUGAUCCAGCUGGAUUCGGGUUUGUUUUAGAGUUCCACAGAUUGGCCAAAUGUUAGAGACCUGUCACAAAAUUUAGAGCUAAAAAUAGCUACUCCAGAUCCAAAUGUUAACGACACAAAAGCAUAUUCUGCUCCCUGCUAUGAAAUAACCCCCAAACGACUACAUAACGUUCAGUCACUUUCCUUGCACACUAAGGACUCAGAAGCUUACUUCACCUCCCUGCUCAUCUCUUCUCUGACCCGAGUUCAGUUUGGGCUUAUUAUUACAGGCACCCAAUGGCUUCUGGCUGCGUGGAGCUCUGGCGAGUCUAAGCCUCAGUGGGGACAAUGAGACCUGCUCUGGUUGCUUCACAGGCCGAGUGUGAAAGAAAGGGCUUUGUUCAAUUCAAUGGGCAUCUCUUGAGAACCUGUGUGGCCUUGCACUAGGGACGGGAAUAAGGGCAGGACACAGCCCUGUGAUUUCACUGGUAAAGGGAGCUCUCAGCUGAAGGAACCAUUGCUCCUUCUGAUCACAGUCUCCUAGCACACUGAGGGGGAAAGUCUCACAGCCCAGUAUGGGUCUGAGGGAGGCCUUGAAGCUGGGUCUUCCUGCUUCCCAGGUUAGCGACACCAUGGCAACAAUGGAGAUAAGAAAACAAGUCGAAGCAGUCCCUGCCCCCAAGGAGCUUGUAUUCUACCAAGGGGAGUCUUUCUUAGCAUCACAGCUACAGCUCACUAUUAGGCUGAAAACUCUCCAAAGAAAACUACUGAUCUGUGUCCAAAGAGGCACUUGCUGAGGACCCUCCCCGAAUUCCGGCCAGUACUCUGGGGCACACAGAGGGAGGUGCAGAAUUCCAAGCAUAAAUGCAUCAUCCUAGAGAAGGUCCCCAUUUCACUGGCUUACUGGGUCCUAAUUCCGACUCUUUCAGGCAAGGUGCAUUCAUCUGGCUGCCAUUUUUUAGCCUAGGGCCCUCCUCCUGUGAGGUGGGGACAAAUCCAUGACAGCAGCGUCCUUCCUGUUCAUGAAGGACUCCAAAGGCUGCCACUAUGCCAUACUGUUCAGGGGGACCUUUGCUACUCAACCUCCACUGCACCCACUCCAUCUGAUCUUAGAGGGAGCAUCGUGACCACCCAAAAACUCGACCCAGGGUCUUCAGAGCUAAAUUGUGGGAGAAACGGGCUCUCCUUUGCCAAGUUCUUUCAUUUCCCAGAACCUUGACCUAGAUCUGUUCCACCCAUCCAAUCUAGUCCAAUUCAACGAGCAUUUAUGAAACUCCUGCUAUGUGCAAGGCACUGUGACACACCGAGCAUCGGAGAUACAAAGACAAAAUGAUAGACCAUGGCCUCUAAAGAGCUCACGUGUUGCCAGACUGGAUUUCUCACCUCACAAAAAGACCUGGAAGUAUGGAAGUAUAACCCUUUUCCAAUUGCUGGUACUGUGCACAUUCCAUGGGGCACCAGCCAAAGGGCCCCCACGGGCUCGAGCUAGCACCCCAGAGUGUGAUUCAAGACAACCAAUCAGUCCAGUCAGUGCACACGUCCACCUUCUUUGACCACCACACAAUGAUUUCUUUGGCUUGGAUGAUUUCUGUGUUCCCAACCCCCACUGUGCUGAUGGAGAAGCUGCCAUUAGGUGCUCUAACACUGUAUUUCUGCCCAAGUAGUUUAUUGAUGCCUCACUUUGUUUUGUCCAAGUGGCACUCUCCCUCCCAUCAUGGGUCUUCAGCCCCUUUAGCUGAUCACUGGUGGGCUCUUUUGUUGAGAGAGAGGGUAGAAGGGAAAGUGUGACCUUCCACUGGAAAAAAGCAGCUUGGAAGUCAUUCUCAGACAAGUACAAGUGUUUCUGGGGAGUGGAGUCUAUUUUGAAAGAAAAAACCUGAAAGUUCUCAGGUUAGAAACAAGGGCCUCACCUGGAAAACAGAAACAAACACCCAAGCACCCAUAACUUUCGACUAGCAUUCAUGAUGAAACCGAAGCGUGAGUCUUCCGGCCUUCCUACAUGCCCGGGAUGUGACUAGGUAGUGCUGCCAUGUGGCCUAGGAUUGCCAUGAAGGUGCUGCAGGUUGGGUCAGGUGAGGAAGGAGUUCCUGUCAAACUGGCACGGAGAGUAUUGCAAAGGGAAGAAUUCCAAGCAAGAAUCCAUCCCCAGCUAGCCCAGGCACUGUAGGCCCUCAAACUCAGCCUGCCCUCGAUGCUCUGGUGUCUUUGCCCUUUCUGUUAUCCUCUCAUGCUCAGUCUAUACUCUGCUUUCUUUUCCUAACAGUGUAAGCUGUGCACUUUGUGUGUGUGUGUGUGUGUGUGUGUGUGUUUUAGUGGCCCUUGAGAGCCAUGUACAUAUUAAGAAUUUGAAUAUUUAAAGUGCAGUGGGUUAGCCUCGUGGCCUAGAGAACAGUCCAAACUUGGCUGCCCCUCAUGGCAUGAAUGAAUAGUAGUGAUUUAGGGAAAAGGCCAGAGCUUGAUCCACAUGUGAUUAAUGUCUUUGUCUGGACAUAUGUAACAGCCAUGCAAUGUACAUGGCCAAAAGGCUCUUCUGACAAUGCUGACUCAGUUGGACCAAGCUGAAGCAUGAAUUCUCUCCCUGCAAGGAUCUGAGAUGCAUCUAGGCUCAGCAGGCCAUACUAUGUGGCUCCCAGAUUCCAAUCUCUGGGCAUCAAAUUCUCCAUACCGAGACAGUAGACCAAGGCAUGGGUGGCAUGGGCUGUGGUUGGUGAGGCCUAAGCUGGCCAACCCUCUGCCAGCACACGGGUGAGAGGGUGAGCCCUCAUGAGUCACCAGUCUUAACUGGUGCCAUGAACAGGGCACUCAGACAGAGACAGGGAUGAGGGUGCUACUGUGCAAGGAGGCCUUCUAAAUAACCAAAAGAAACCCGUGUCUUUGGAGAGGCCACAAAGAAUAAUUUGGGUUGAGGCAAGGAUGGAAAUCUUUUCCCCCUUUGGGAAGAAGCCAGGAAUAUUGCAUUAUAAACUGAUGCUGACAUCAGAUCAAAAAGACUGCUUAGCAGGGCAGCUAGGGGGCUCAGUGGAUUGAGAGCCAGGCCUGGAGAUGGGAGGUCUUCAGUUCAAAUCUGGCCUCAAAUACUUCCUCACUGUGUGACCCUGGGCAAGUCACUUAACCCCCAUUGCCUAGCCCUUACAGCUCUCUAUAUUCUUCAGUAUUGAUUCUAAGAUGGAAGGUAAGUUAUUUUGAAAAAAAGACUAUUUAAAAUUGAAUGAAAGAUCAGAGGAGAUCUGGGCUGGGCUUCAGAUGACAGUUAUGGUGAUCUCUUGCUGUUGGCAACCACAGUUGCUCAUUCCAACAUUCUGAUCCCAUGGUAAGAUGUCAUGGGGAAUCCUGCCCUUCUCAGUGGUGAGUUCUCUCACUCUGCUUCAGUAUUUGUCAAUUAGAAGAAUCUCAGAAGAAAAGGUCAGUAUUGUAUAUACUACAGUAGGAGGAGGAAUUAAGGAAAUGGAGGACCAAGGAAUGUUUCUAAAAAUCCAACUCUCCAGAAAGUCAGUAUCCUAUUUUCAAAGCCAGCAUUGAAAACCCAUCUCUGCUUCAUACAUUAUACAUUAAUUAAUAAGGCACUGUUUUAUAUGGCAACAAGCCUAAUUUUUGUAAGAGAUAUCCCAGAACAUGGCAGCUAUUUGACCAACCAGAAGGUGUCCUCCUCAGUAUUCCCAAAUUCUGCUUGUGCCCCUGCUCCUGAUACCUGGCACAUAGUAGACACUUUAUAAAUACUUCUUGAGUAAUCAAGUGCUGCAAGUAGGUCUAGACUCCUCUUUGAUAAUAGCCCUCCAGCCUGUGAAGGGAAUGAGCUAAUUUUUGGAAAAGACCAAAAGUCAUCCUGUGACAUUUGGGAGAUAAGAUGGGGAAGGAGUAUAGAGAUAGAGUUUGGAUCCAAAAGGAGGCAAGGCUUGCAAGAAACAAGACUGUUCUUGGAAUCCUCUGAAAGUCAUCCCCAAAGUAGGCAACCCCAGAGGCAUAAGUGAGCAGUGCCUCAAGGGGACUCCCCUGGCAGACAAAGUGCUGGCAUCUGGACCAGGCAGGGACUUGGCAAAUCACCAGGGCUUUUUAUUCCCCAAGUUCAUUUUUUCAGGCCAUUUGAAGCCCAGGUAGGCUUUCCUUUGCUUCCCAAAAAAAGAUUCCAAAGCAUUCACGUAAGUCUGAAGUCUAGCAAGCAGGUAGGUACCCAGGAAAGCUGUUGUAACCAGCGUGCCAUGUCCAGGGCUGGGUGAGCUGCUGGUGAAACACCUUAUCACAGCAUGUUUCUACAACUCAUUGAUGGCCUACAGUGCUCAAGAAAAUCCCAAAUGAUCUCCUUGGUAGUUUCUAAAUUAUUCAAAUUGACAUUCUAAUUGUGGGUCAAUGACCCCAGACAUUCUCUUCUGUUGACUACAAAGCUCUGGCUUUGUUUCAGGUUCUAGGAGGAUAGAGCAAAAUGAUUGCACAAGAUGAGCUCAAAUGUAAAGGAUUAUAAAGAAUGCCCACACUGAUGAGAUCUCAGAUCGAGAACUGGAAGGAGGGUCAGAGGCAGAAACUGAGACUAAGAGAGAAGAGACUAGUCCAAGGUCACACAGGAAGAGAAUCAGAAUCUGAACCCUGGUCCUAUGAUGCUAAAAUCCAGCACUCUUUACACUACACCAUGUUGCCUCAGGUAUAUAGUAUUGGUGACCAAAACUAUCCCCUCCCCAGUAAUUUAUUUUGCUUUUGUUUUUUGUUAAAACAGAAAUAAAAGAACAAAAGAACUUGAAACCAGCAGUAGCAUUCAAAUUGGUAGCUAAUAGCCAAUUCCUUCCCAGGAGUCUUUUGCUUCAAAAAUUCUCCAAAUGGGUUCCAGAAAUGUUUCUCCUCUUUCAAUAAGAUGCUAUUUUCCAUCCUCUGUGAGUCUAAUUUCUCAGCCAGGAAGAUCAAGAGAAGGGCAAAGAGCAGCCAGGCUGUCGUUUCAAAGACUGCCUUCAAAUUGAGGCCCAUAAAAAGAACAGAGUUUUCAGUGGGGCUGCUCUCACCUAGUCUCUUCCUGGAAUCAUGAAGGUUAUUACCACUGUGAUCUCAGAGAUACAGAGGAGCUAGAUGGCAAAGAUUUAUUCCCUGAGAAGAGAACUAAGUCAGCAGGACUGGUUGAUAGAACACUCAAAAUGUUUUCCCAGCAGCCCCUGUUUGGGUCAACCCAGAAGAGAUACUGAUCUUCUUUCAGCAUGGCUAGUCAGUCUGUUACAGGCACACAGUGAUGUACACCAGCAGCUUUCUGUGCUCAGUAGGCUCUGCUUGAGCAAACCAGCCUGGCUGAGAGGUGCCACUCCCCCCACCCCAAUACCCAACUCCAACCAAAGGCAAGGAAGGGAGGAUUGAAAUUGAUGAGACCUUGCUUCAACCAUCAGGGAUACCAUCUUGUCCUUUGCAAGGCCCAACCACUCCCAUAGACACAAUCCAAUGCAAUGGGGGGGGUGAAUUUGGCACACCUGUGCUCCUCUUAAGACUAGAGCUGACCAAAUUGGGACCAUGGAAAGCAACCACAGGGCUGUCAAGUCAUGGUUUAGGGAUUCUGGUUUUCCUUCAGGCUUUCCAAGGGGUCAAUGAGUCUUAUCGAUUGGGUUUCAUUCAUUAAGAAUGCCCUUUUCCUGACCUCACUGCCUCAGUUUCACAAGCAAUUAGAGAAAGCCUAUCUGUUUAAGAUGAAACCUUAGCUUCUGAGCCUAACAAUGAGGAAAGGAGAAGUCAGGUGUGUUCAUCUCGAUGGCAGCUUGGCAUCAUGGGCUACUCUUGAAAAAUCUACAUGUAGUCUUUGAGUACUUGUCACUUUGGUUUCAAUACUUUCUGUAAGCAGUGCAAAGUUAAUGUCAUCCUUAAAUAUAAGUGUAAAAACUGAAAUCUUGUAAAAGAAAAUUGUUUAUUUUGUGUGUAUUUUGAGAUUUGUUGUAAACUGAACUGUCAAGCAGCUACUUUCCCCAUCCCAGCCCUUGCCUAGAAUGUAUGCCUAUUCCAAUGCCAAGUGUUCUUGUUCCUCCCUUUUCAGAUGUAAGCAUUAUGAGCUGCCUAUUGGUAAUAAACAAUUCUGAAUGGUAA